AUGGUGGACAGUACUGUAAGAAGUGUAGGGAGACGAUAGCGAAUUUUACCGAUGAACUAUGCCAAAGGGCCGUAAUGGAGAGAUCCUCCUUCCCGACGGAUGGGAAGAGGCGAUAGAUUAUGACGGAAAAGUGUUUUAUAUUGACCAUAAUAAUGGCCAGACUACUUGGAUCGACCCGCGAGAUAGAUACACAAAGCCUCAGACAUUUGCAGACUGUGUUGGAGAUGAACUACCCAUUGGCUGGGAGGAGUCAUAUGACCCCAAUGUGGGAAUAUACUACAUCAAUCAUAUAAAUCAAACAAAUCAGCUGGAAGACCCAAGGUUACAAUGGCGCAAAGAACAGGAAUUGAUGCUAAAGGACUAUCUUGUCACAGCGCAAGAAGAUCUGGAGGCCAAGAAGGAGAUAUAUGCUGUGAAGGAGCAGCGACUGAUGCUGGCACAGGACGAGUUCCUCCACCUCAAUGAGACACUGUCGGGAUGGAAGUCCUCCAGAACCAGUUUGAACUCCAACUCCAGUGUAGGCAGUACGAAGUAUGACCCGGACCUCCUCAAGUCCGACAUAUGCCUGGCGCGGAAAAGUGUGGCUCGACUCAAAAAUGAACUGGAGCAGAUUCGGGCAGAAAUGCAGUACAAGGAGAGAGGCGUGGAGACACUGACAAGGGUGGACCAGAAGCUGGCGGGACUGGGCGGAGGAUACAAUGUGACGCAAGCCCAAGCCAUCAUCGCAGAGAUCCGACAGUUGCAGCAACAUGUCAACACGGGCGAGAAGGAAAAAAUGGACCUCAUGCAGUCUCUGGCCAGGUUGAAGGAAGAGUUCAUGCUGGGGAAGAAUGGGGGCUCCUCACCAGACGUGUCAACGCUGUCAUUGGCACUUGCCGAGAGGUCCAGUACGGCGUCGCAGACGGACCUGAGAGGAGAGUUUGGUUUGAAUCAGAGUCGAAUCUUUGCGGAGAAGACGCGGCUGCGUCUCCAGUAUGAUGAGGCCCGACGGAAACUCAGUCAACUCAAGGUUCAGCUUGCCAAGGUGGAAGAUCAGAUGAUCCCCGGACAGACCGAGUGCGACAAAGACAGAUUGUUGUUACUGCAGGAGAAGGAACAGUUGCUACGUGAAUUAAGAAGUAUUGACCCCAAAGGUCGCAGUGAGAGUGAGCUGGCCAAAAUACAACAGCGUAUAGCACAGUUGAAAUAUGACAUCAACCAUGCUCUGGCGAUCUCCAACAAGCAGAUAGCAGAGAGAUUAAAACUAAACAAUGAGAAGGUUACUGUGAUGCAUCAACUUUCGGAGACCACCAAGUUAACAUCGUACCUUGAGACACAGCUGAAGAGCUUGUCGCUGAGCACGUUGUCAAUGUCCUCGGGGUCGAGCCUGGGAUCCCUAGGGUCUCUCUCGGCCAGCAGCCUGGGGUCCCUCAACUCCCUCAGUGCUAUGGACAUUUACAAUCAGAGCCAAAGUGGAAGUGAUAUUAAUUUACAGGACCUUCAUCAACGUGUUGAGAAACUUCUGCAGGGUCAUGUGAUGGCCCCAAUUCAGGAAGCGGUCAUUCCGCAAAUGUCCAACUUGGACAUAACAGCGGCAGCGACGGGGAAUUAUCUACAUAGUGUCAUGGCAACAGGGGAUAAAGUGCCUUCAGUUAAAUCGGUGUCCCCCAAAUCCUCAUUUUCAUCAACGUCGCCGCCAGUGUCUCCUUAUAUGCCCAUGGAAAUAGUUCCCCCGCCCACUUACGAGCAGCACAUGAGUGCCGUGGAACGGCAACGUCAUGUGAGCCUGGGUGGCAACUGGAUGGUUGGUGGGCAACCGCUAACGAACUGCGAUCAAUCAAAAUUAAUGGAAAAUUCUCCACAAUACCCUAGGGUAGAAAACUCUCGGACUAGAGUGCCAGUUGUUGGACAGAUGGUUCCGCAAUCUUUACUAGCGGAGAGUGGUGAAAUAAACUCAAAACGUUCACAAGGAUUAGAGAACUUGGACUCCACAUCUAACCCUCCUCUUAGUCCAAUCAGUGAAAGUAGUUCCGGUGUGUGCAACAAUUUGUCUGGCGGAAAUACGCGGAGUGUUUCUGCAGCAGUGAGUGAUGAGUCUGUGGCUGGUGACAGUGGGGUGUUCGAAGCAUCGGUCAAAAGGACUGGUGUGAUCGAUGAGGUGCUAGAAACAAAUCUGGAAAGUGCACAGAUCCAGAUAAAGCUCAAGUACGAAGGUGUCGAGAAGAUGUUGUUGAUAGGGAUCGAACAAGCCCGCAACCUGAUGGCACUUGCUUUCCCGGAAGGAGGCCAUGUAUGUAUUAAAGCUGCACUGUUGCCCCACAACAUGGAGACGGCGUGGAAGACAAAGACGCUACCAGAUCUGAAGAACACCAAGUUUGCAGAGACAUUUCGGGUGACCCUGGCUGAGCAGAAGUUGUCUUCCAAGACGCUGCAGGUCAACGUGUGGAGCGUACACCCCACUAGGGAGGAGGAGUGCCUGGGCUGUGCUCAAGUGAGUCUGGCUGAUUUCGACCCGAAGGAGGUUUCUACCCGAUGGUACAACAUUCUGAGUUUUAAGUUCAUGCAGUCAGAUUUGAGGACCGGGACGAAGAAAUCAAGUGAAGCCAGUCAGCCAUCGUCCAGCAGUACCCUCAGCUCGGAUGACACACGGCACUCCUCCAGCCAAACUCUCACGCAGAGAGAAUCGUCUGACAGAGUUACACAGCUGCUUGAAGCUUCUUCUGCCAAGCUGCGCAAGUCGUCUCUGCCAAGUGACGAGAAGCCAGUCCUGGAGGUCGUCGUGAAGGAGGCCAGUCACUUCAAGUCUCCUCAUCCUGCUGUGUCCUCGGUGAAGGAAGAAAGCAGCGACGAGUCCACCAUCAUCUCCUCCCAGACAUCCACGCUCACCAGGAACCAAGGUCCCGAGGACAUGGCCAGCCACCAAGAUAGGGAGACAAGCCCACGUCUGGCUGGAUUUGGGGAGAAUGAUGAUGAGGAGGACGAAGAUGAUGAAGACUUGGAGGAAGAAGAUGAGAAAGACUACAAUGAAAUGAUGCAGGAAGUCCUGGCUGAACUGGAAAACAUUGAAAACCUGGACGACCACUUCUCUGAAUCGGAUGAAUCUCUACACGUGAAAACAUGUGAUGCUGAGACAAAUACCGAAGGAGAUUAUUCGGUGAAAGAAAUCAAACGGAGGCCACACAAUCAUCACAUUCGAAACAGCACCAUCCGUCGGUCACAAACAUUCUCACCGGCGUGCAGACAACAACCGCCUGGCUAUGUGUGCAAGCUCAAUCGUAGCGACAGUGACAGUUCUAUGCCAUUGUACAAACGAGGGCCAUUCCAGAGAAAUGCAUUGGAGAGAAGAAGUCUUCGAUGGAAAGCCAAGUCUUCGUCCUCCGCCCACCUGAACCCGAGGACGUCUCUGGACCUGGAGCUGGACCUGCAGGCCUCCCAUGUCAAGCUCUCGCACCUCAACGAUGAAAUCACACGCUUAAAAGAACUGAAGCGACUUAUGGAGGAUGCCAAGUCAAAAGGAGCAACAGAGCUGCCCAAUUGGUUGUCCGAUGACGACCAGCUACAGAAGCUGCUGUCCGAUGCGGAGAAGUUGAAACUGGGGAUUCUUCGACAUCAUAGUCAAAAGAAGACUUUGAAGAAUGUGUCUAAACAAGAUCGCCGCGCCCAGCAGCUGAUGAAGAAGGUCACAAGGGAUGUACAGCGCAUGCGCAGAGGAAGUCAGCAGUGUAAUGCCAUCAACUUCAGAGAAAAGAUGGCCUUUUUCACAACAGUCAACAUGAAGGUGCCUGUCAUACCUUGUGAAACCACCACGACGGACGACAGACUCGAGGAAUUCCUCAACGAUGACCGAGUUGGAGAAGAAGUCUGAUUGCUUAACCAAAUGUCCAUUUGUGAAAGAAGUCAUAAGAUGAAUUAUCUGCCCCUGAGGAAGUCGUCAGCAUAGAGACACUUUUAAGAGCUGCCCAACAUCUGCAUACUGAUUGGACAGAACACAGGCAAUGUUCUGCUGUUCACACCAAUGGUGGUGCUGGUGGUGAGGUAGAGCUUGUGGAAGUCAAGGAACAAGAAUGUGACCGAGUAAGAGCAAAGUGGAAAAGAGGAAAUCACAGCUGUGAGGAUCAUGUGGGUGACAUGAUCUUUGAAGACAAUUGCCAUGUGGCCGUAUGGCCAUAUUUGAUACUCAUAUGAUCAACAGAGCCAUAUUUGGUUGUCAUGUGAUCAGCAGUACCAUGUUUGGUUGUCAUGUGAUCAGCAGUACCAUAUUUGGUAGUCAUGUGAUUUAGCAGUACUUACAUGAUCUGAGGAAAUGUUGGCAACUAAUUUUAAUGGAAAGUUUACAAACUUAAAUUUUGGAUAAGUUUACUUUGUUUUUCCUGCAUUUUUUAUAAUACACGGAUACAUUGUCAUGUCAGUAUUGAACAGAAAGAAUUAUACCUCGAAAUUUCUUCCAAAAAAUCAAGUUGAAGCUGGGACAAGCCUUCCAAUUUGUUUAUGAGGUGAAUGGUUGUGUUUCAUUUUCAUGAUCAGCAUUAUAAAACCAGUCGUUCAUCUGAAGGGCAAGAACAAUAUCAGAGUAUCCUCUCAGUAUUACUACUGGAUAUUAACAUGAUGAAGCUCAAAAAGUAUUUUCUAAAUUUUAUAUUUUCCGUAAAUUUUAUUUGAUACCAUUUGCAGAAAUAAUGAAAACAUGUCGUCAUGGAGACCAUGAGAUAAUGCACUGGUAUUUAUGGCUAGAUGCUGCAACAGGGUACUUGUCUUGAAAGACAAUGGUUGACAUCAAAAGGUUGUACUCAGUAUUCCCUGAAGGUAUAUGUAUUGGCUAUAUGUAUACUAUAUUCUGCUCUUUUGAAAGAAAGAUUGUUGAUUACGCAAAAACUAAGUUUGCAGUUGUCUUUCUUCUUUAAAAGUGAAUUUAUUGCGGUGACUUUUGAUUUAUGAAUAUUCAUAUAUAAAUGAAUGUCUCAGUUACAUCGUGCAAUUUAGCUCUGCGUUAUUAAUAAUAUUGUAGCUUUCCAUACCAGUUAUAAAAAUAGCACUCUUCAGCUUCAGUGGUUGUAAUUGUCUCAGUAGCAAGUUAAACUGAAGCCCAGGUUGCUAUGGUUACAUAGUUAUAUGAUAAACUGCCAUGCCACUGGGAAUGAUGUGUGUGCAGUGACGUGUUCAGUCUUGGAAUCAGCGUUGGGAUGUUGUAGGCUUGACUUGGUACAAUAUGGCUGGCCUUAUCCUCUGACCACAAGAUUAUGAAUGUAUAUUAGGCAUUUUAGUUUAAUUUAUUUGGUUUUAGGAUCUGCCUACCAAAAAUUCACAAAUGUGGAGAAAUUAAAAUUUCAGAACUAUAUAUUUUUAGUGUCAGGAACUUAAACCAGGUUUUCUUAUGGACAAAACUUCAAAGAAGAGUUAACCUUUAAUGACAAACACUUUCUUGCAUUUCAGAUAUCUAUUUUCCACCUGAUAGUCAAUACUUUUAGGCAAUCAGUUAAAAAAAAUUCGCUUUUGAAUGUUUGUAAGAAAAAUUAAUAAUGAUCACAUUAUUUUUGUAAGAUCCCUGAGCCAUAUUUCAUGUUAGACAAAAGAUGCUGGCAGGAACUUGGCUUCUCUUGUGGAUGAACAUUAUGUGGGAAACAAGUUUGAAAAUAAUUUCCUCUAAUAUUCCGCUGUCAUGGAUACAAUGGUUUUUACCUGUUUUUCAUGGUUAACGUUUAUGUAGGAAUUGCUCUAUCUGAAACUUUUCGGUCAUGCUGGGUUCAAUUGUAAGGUUUCAUUGUCAAAAGGUUUUCAUGAAUGUUGAUAAACUCUGUGAAUAUGAAUGCUGAUGUUACUAUGGCAAUACUGAAAAUCUGUGUCCAUAUUUGGUGAUGAGGAUACAUGUGAUAAUUGUGAUAUCGCAGUUUUUACAUUUUACCAGUGAAGUGAUAGUUUGCUGAUAGUAUGGAUUUCUGUACCGCAAUUCUUACUCUUGUGUCAUAUACUACUCAACAUGGCAUAGGGAUACUCGGAGUGCCAAGAUGCGGGAUAAUCGGACUGGAUGGUUGGAGAUGUUGGUAUACGAAUCCGAUGCCAUUUGGGCUGGAGCUGAUGUCUGUUAAGCUUCUUUUCAACCAAUAAACAGGGAUGAGAAUGAAUAUUUUCCUUUUCAGCUGAAACUUCUUUGCAAUGGAGCGUGAUCCAUAAUUUGGGGGUGUUUAGUGGAAGGCUGGAAGCCAUGGGAUUUUAACAAAUUUGUGGUCACUAAGAUUCGCGGAAAUUCAAAGAUCCACGGAAGAUUUUCACCCCUGAAUGAACAUACUUACCAUAGGAGCAUGCAAUAGUGGGAAGAAUAGAUUUCAUUGUUUAAACAGCGAGUAUUUGUGUUUAAACACUGAAUUGGAAGAAGUCAAUCUUUGAUGCAAACAGCUUCACUUCUUGCCAAAACAACAAAAUGAGUCUUAAGCUCACUCAAAUGCCUGUGUCGAAACAAUCCUUCUCAACUCCUGAUUGAAAUACUGUGCUAGCUCACACUCUUACGAAAGCCAUGAGACAAGAUACUUUUGUUUCCAUGUCCGCUUCACAUGAGUGAAGUCCGGCCCAAAUCACAUCGGAUUCGUACAUCUUCAGACAUCCCGUCAUUUAUCCCCCCUUGAUACUCGAAAUCUCCCUCUCAAAUGUUGUGUAGUUUAUAUGGAGUAGUACAAAGUGUGUAUGUUACAUAUUUUGUCAUUAUAUAACAAUCGUAUGCUUGAACAUGUGUGUUGUUUGUGCUGCACAAACCAUGCAAUAGGAACGUUGUGUUCGUUGAUUUAUUCCAGAAAACUCAUUAACGGAAGACCUACGUGGCGAGGCUUGGGCUUUGCUGUUGAACAUGGUUAUUAGAUUUUUGUACGAUAUGUAAAUAAGAAGGUUCUACUUAGUGAGAUAAUACGUGCAUGCCAAAGUCUAACUGUAUAUAGUCUAUUGUAGAAGCAGGAAUACUUGGUUACUCCUGUCUGUGAUCAUAUUUAUUUCUCAUAGAGCAUAUCCAUAUUGUAUUUGUGUCAUUGUCACCACCAUCAUCAUCGUCAUCAUCAUCAUCAUCAUCAUCAUCUGUCUAUAGUCAUUGUGUGUAUAGAGUAUCUAUCGCCAUCAUGAUAUUGAAUAUUGUGUAUACAUUUUCAUAGAAUCAUCUGUCAUACUCAACAAUAUAGUAUCACCCACUUGUGUCAAUAUUAACAUUGUUAUACUUCUCAUUACACACCACAUGAUAUUUGAUAGUGUAUUUUAUAUGAUAACUCAUCGGGAAGGGUGGGGACAUUUGUCGUGAAAAGCGAUAAUGACAACCGCUCGGAUAACACCGUGCAGCCGUCAGGGACUUGCGGUGGAUCUACACUACGUAGAUAUGUAUGUAUAGAGUUGUUUGUCACGGCUGGCAUAUACUCACGAGGACCCGCAAGGGAGGCAACUCGCUCCUUUUUUCACUUAUAUCCAAGAAGAAAACUGAAAUAAUUGUUUUGCUAAAAAAAAGCUGGACACCAAUUGUUAUGGUUAUUUUUGUAAGAAUUUCUUGACAAUGUUCUCGAGAACCCAUCUGCGCCCUCACAUACAUUGACAUAACCUCAUCGUUCAAUCCUUACCGAGAUCAGCUGAACUGGCAUUUGCAUGGAUUGGGCCCUGCACAGUUACCAUCCUCACCGGCCCUUACCAUUGUGAGGAGACACAACAGCUUAAAUACUGAUGGAUUCGGGUGUCCAAACUUUGGCUGAAUCUUAACACCAUAAGUCUUUUAUAUGAUAUGACUAUUCAAAAGAAUGAGAGAAAAAUAUCGUAUGAGCAUCAGUAAGACAAAAGAUGGGGGGGGACAGUAUGUCAAAGGAAAGAGUCCAUUUUCAUUGAAGACACUGUUAGCAUCUUGGUAAACAGUUGCAUUUCUCUAGCACAAGGCCAGUAUAUUAAGAACUGUGUGAGAAAUACAGUAGUAUUGUGUCCGAUGGCAGUUGUGCAAGACUCUAUUCUAUGUGUGGAGAGCUGGUCGGGUGCUCCGUCUAGAAUGUAGCAAGUUUUACAGAAAGUCGCGUAGAAUGACUUGUUGAUAAUACUCUGUUUUGAAGUUUUUCUCCUUGCUUUAAGAAUCAUGUUCUUUUUGCAGUUAGUUCUUGAAUGAUAUGUGUAUGGUUUCAAUGACAUUAUUAAAAGUUAUAAAUGGUAUUUAUGUGAAAUUUGAAAUUGAAACUAUAUGUUGAACAUGAAAUGUAUGCAAGUUUGGGUUGUUGCCACGUCAAUUGAAUUGUUUCAAUAAGGACUAUUUCUGUUGCGUUUGGCACAUGUUGAUCAAGAAUUGACUGCAAUUUGUCAUAAACUCUUGAAACAUAUAUUAUUGUUUGAGUGACAUGUGGAGUUAAGACAUGAGUUGUACGACUUCAGUAACUUGAACUUCACCCAAUAUGGUGGAAAUACUCACAUUGUGACUUAAAAUUGAUUUUUAUCUUAACUCAAAAUUGAAUCAGAAAACAGUUAUAUCUGAAUUAUUUUCUUUUGGAAUUUUGUAUAAAUUUUUUAUAUUAAAUUAUCCAUUAAUGUUUUUGUGCAAAAAUAGAUUUAUUUCACUUAACCAGAUUCAAACAUUAGCAUGUAUUUUCCAAAAGCAUAAGAGAUAAUUUUUUAAUUUUUUGUUCGAAGACCUUUGUCAUAAUUGUACAUGUGACUCUUACAAUAUUGCUACGAAGUCUUUUUGUCAAAACAGUGGAGACUUGGGGUGAAACCUGUCUUUUCUGAAGACUCUGCUUUGUCAGAAUCAUAUACACGAGCUUAUUAUCAAAAGUAGUUCCACCUCUCUCCUCCCUGUCAACUCCUGCACCAGUAGGGACAAUGGAAGAUAAAAUUAUCCUCUUCACAUUAGAGUGCCAAUCACUUGGUUUGCUGUAAUUUCAUUGUCUGAUGUUGCUGACAAUCCUAAUGUUAAAUAGUAUAUUUCUGAAACUUGCAUUUUGUUUGUAAGAUAUUUUUAUAAGGAGGAAGACACAAAUUAACCUAGAAACACAUCCAAUAGACUUGUGGGAGUGGGUAUUGAUCGGAUCCUAUUUUAAUCUUAUUGUAUAUCUAACUCCAGAUUUUAACUUCUUUCCCGCGGCAUUUAAGCUUCAAAAAGUAUGGAAUGUACUCGCAAAGAGACAUUGAUAGUUUCCCGUGUAGGGUUCCACAUUAUCUCUGAAAAGGCUUCUUCACAGCUAGUGUUGAAUACACAGAAGAAACUAAUGCAUUCAUCCAAAUUAUGCUACUCAACUUCAAUAGGGAUAUUCAAAACUGACAUGGAGCGUAGUAUAUGAUUCAGUUCCAUUUCCAUAAAUUAAUGCUCCUUUUGUUUGUGUAGGUGGUUGUUUCUUUUUUUGAAAGAUGCAGGUGCUUGUUGACUCUGUGUAUUCAACACCAACAUAGGCAGGCGAUGUACAUAGCUGUUUUCUUGUGGGCAGUGGGUAGUGGGUAGUCAGUGGUUCAAGCUCGACACACUGAAGACCCAUGGGUAAGAUCUGUUGAGCCCAUCACUUUGUCCCGAUAUGACAGUGUUGCUGAAGCUGUGUUGCUGGAGCGAUGUAAAACCAUACCGACUGUUCUAUGCGAGUUGACAUCUCUCUAUCUCUGCCCCUUCUGUCACCAUCACCUGGUCCUAGACACCCUCAACAAGGUGCCAGCUAUAUUUUAGAUCACAAAAAAUAAUUUUGCAUUUAUUUUAGGCUAAUUGUUGUUAUCAAUGAUUUUACAUUUAAUUGUGGCUUUGUCCUCAUUUUUAUUUAUUGACCUGAUCAAGUCUUAAUGUGUGAUAACUUGUUCACUUUGGAUCAAAUAAAUUUAAGAAAUGUAUGUUAAGUUUUAAGGAUAAUGGAGAUCAUAUUUGUGUGUUGCUGGUUCCUGUGUGUGAGGGUGUUUCCGGACCGGCUGACAGCUGCCUGUGUAGACUCUCGCAUCCUGUACACAGCCAAAACUUAAUAUCUUCAUACUCAGGUUGGAUUAUGAGCACAUUGUCUGUUUAAAUUAAAUGUAACAUUUAUAUAUUUUGCAUAAAAUGACAUAUUAAACAUA